GGACAGAAGAGUUAGAUUUAGACUUGCUGAGGUGUUUUCAUAUGAACCUUCCGCAUGCAAUUGGACUGAUCCUUGCAUGCUGGCAAGGUAGCAAAUAUAGUGCCCAUGUAGAACAAGCUUGGUGCCAUCUGAGUGAGGUCUUGGGAAUCAGAUGACGACAGCAGUGUGAGUGAUCCCUCAACCCCUCCCCCGUGCUCCCUUGUCCCAGACAUUCAGUUGAUGAUGCACGGGUUUGGGGACUGCCGUCGCCCAUUACUUGAGACGGCUGCAGUUAUUGAGUCAGUUGUGCACCAACAGAUGACUCUUUUCUUGCACCUUGCAACAGAUAUUUCAGAACAAAGGGGAAGUAAAGUUGUAGGUCCAGAGGACAUAUUAUUUAUUAUGCGCAAAGAUCCAGUGAAAUUGCAACGAAUAGUGCACUAUAUGGGUGUUCGCGAUCUUUACCAACGUGCACGAACCAGCACAUCAGGUUCAUCUGCAAGUGAGCUACAAGAAUUAAGCGCUGAGGGUGGUGGAGAAAUUUCCAGAAAAAAAAUAUGCACCAAUUUCCUUCAAAGUAUUGACCAGACUGGACAGUAUGAACCUCUCUAUUUUUCAUCCAUAUUUGAUCCAGUCAAGAAUGAAAGGGCUCAUCGAUUGAAUGUUAUGACACAGGGCAUGUCUAAUCAGAGGUACAAAGAGUAUUGUGAGGCUAGAAGAGCUUCAUUUUGUCCAAGGCUGAGAGUCAACAAAUUCCGAGAAUGGCUUCUCCGUGAUGACAAUAGUGAAGUGAAACUCUCACAGCUUGUGUUGGAGAUGUUAAAUCGCUUGGCAUAUGAAACAGUUGCUCAGAUUGUAGAUCUUGCUCUCCUAGUGAAAAGAGAUGCUAUGGGACGUAAUUCUGAUCUGUCUCGCUUCCGGACGCCUACUGUUCUCAACCCUGAUUAUCCAUGUGUAUUUAUUCAUCAGAGUGGCUCACUGCAGGAGGUAGGAUCUGGUGAAGACCACAGUAUAGGGAUGGAUCCCAUAACCCCUGCAGAGGUGCGGGAAGCAGUGCGAAGGUAUUGGGCCAACAACUCCCCACUUUCUCCAUUCUCAAAGACAAGAUCACCAAUUGAAACAAGGCUCCUUGCUGCUUAGAGGAUAUAUCAGAUAACUAGAGGACUUCUGUCACCUGUGUAAUAAUAUAUUAACUAUGUAAACUGUCUACGUAGCAUUACAAAUAAAUUAAGUUCCACUGUGGUACCUGCAUUUUUGGCAUUAGCAUUAGGAAAUUGUUUUCACAGUAGCAUGUAAAUAUAAAUUAAACAAAUUUCAGUUC